GCCAGAUGUAAGCUUGUGGAUCAGAGCAAAAAGAAUUGAAAAUUAAUGGAGGAGCAGAAAGAUGGAGGUUUUGCAGGUGUUAUUAGUAGUGAAAAUGGGAAGAAGAAGAAGAAGUUGGUGUUUGCUGUGAAUGGAGAGAGGUUUGAGCUCCCAAAUGCUCAUCCUUCCACCACUUUGCUCAGCUUCUUGCGCUCUCACACCCUUUACAAGAGCCCCAAACUUGGCUGUGGUGAAGGUGGGUGUGGAGCAUGUGUAGUCCUUCUAUCAAAGUAUGAUCCUGUGAGUGAACAGGUUGAAGAUUAUACAGUGAGUGCUUGUCUCACACUUCUCUGCAGUGUAAAUGGCUGUUCAGUCACAACCAGUGAAGGGUUAGGAAACAGCAGAGAUGGUUUCCACCCAAUUCAUCAAAGGUUUGCAGGUUUCCAUGCUUCUCAGUGUGGCUUCUGCACUCCUGGGAUGUGUGUUUCUUUGUUUUCUGCUCUUAUCAAUGCUGACAAGAAUCUUCAUAGCCCAGAACCCCCUCAGGGAUUCUCCAAGCUCACUGUCUCUGAAGCCGAAAGGGCCGUGGCGGGGAACCUCUGUCGUUGCACUGGAUAUCGGCCUAUAGCUGAUGCCUGCAAAAGUUUUGCAGGUGAUGUUGAUAUCGAGGAUCUGGGGCUUAAUUCUUUCUGGAAAAAUGAGGAUAGCAGGGAGGUGAAAGUUGGUAAAUUGCCAUUUUAUGAUCCAAGGAACAGGAUUUGUACCUAUCCCGAGUUCUUGAAAAGUGGACAGAAACAGAAACAAAAACAAAAACAGAAAUCUGGCAUAGUUUUGGACUCUGAAAGAUAUCAAUGGUACUGUCCUGUUAGCCUGGAGGAGCUUGGCUGUGAUUUGGGUGAAAAUGGCGAGCGGGUUAAGCUUGUUGUGGGGAAUACAGGGAUGGGGUAUUAUAAGGAUUUUGAAGAAUAUGAUAGAUACAUUGAUCUUAGGUAUAUCUCUGAACUUUCAGUGAUUAAAAGGGACUCCACAGGGAUUGAAGUUGGAGCCACAGUUACUAUCUCUAAACUUAUUUUGAACUUAAGGGAGGAAAGUGAAGUUGAUUUGGGCUCAUCUGGGAAUCUUAUCUUGGGGAAAAUUGCAGACCAUAUGGAGAAAAUUGGGGCAGGGUUCAUUAGGAACACAGCUAGUGUUGGGGGGAACUUGGUUAUGGCACAGAAGAGUCGGUUUCCUUCGGAUAUAGCUACUUUGCUUCUUGCUUUGGGCUCGAGUGUCGUGAUAAUGGCAGGUCACAAUCGGGAGAAAAUCGGGUUGGAGGAGUUCUUCGAAAGGCCAGGAUUAGACUCGAGAGCUGUGGUGCUGAGUGUUUGGAUCCCAUUUCAGGCAACAAUGGAAACCGGUGGCUCGAGGUUGCUGUUCGAGGCUUAUCGAGCUGCACCGAGGCCUCUUGGCAAUGCGUUACCAUAUGUGAAUGCUGCGUUCUUGGCUGAUGUUUGUGGCACCAGAAACGGGUAUCUGAUCAAUCGUGUCAGGUUGGCUUUCGGGGCUUUUGGAACCAAACAUGCAAUUCGGGCAACAAAGGUUGAGGAUUAUCUAACUGGGAAAACAUUAAGUGUCAAUGUUUUGUAUGAAGCACUUAAGCUAGUAAAGGCAACUGUGGUGCCUGAACCUGGCACAUCUCAUCCCGAGUAUCGGUCUAGUGUGAUUGCCAGUUUCCUUUUCAAGUUCCUUCAAGGCUUCAUCGCUUUUGAUCCCACUGGCAAUUUACCCAAAUCAAGCGAAAAACGGGGAUUGCUAUCUUCUGGAAAGCAGUGUGUGGAUUCGAGUAAAGAGUACUAUCCGGUGGGCAAACCGAUAGCAAAAUCUGGAGCUGCCAUCCAAGCUUCUGGUGAAGCUGUUUAUGUAGAUGACAUUCCCUCACCAUCCAACUGUCUAUACGGGGCGUUUAUUUAUAGUACACAGCCUUUAGCCUGGGUGAAGGGGAUUAAAUUUAAAUCCGAUUCAGUACCCGAUGGAGUGGCUGCUGUCAUCACUUUCAAAGAUAUCCCAUCUGGAGGGGAGAACAUAGGGUCUAUAACCAUGUGUGGGUCUGAACCUCUAUUUGCUGAUCAUCUUACCAGAUGUGCAGGCGACCGUAUUGCUCUCGUGGUUGCAGACAGCCAGAGACAGGCAGAUGCAGCAGCAAGAAUGGCCAUAGUGGAAUAUGAUACAGAAAAUUUGGAUCCACCCAUCUUAACUGUUGAGGAUGCUGUCAAGAAAUCGAGUUUUUUUGAAGUCCCUCCUAUGUUAAUCCCAGAAAAAGUUGGAGAUUUCUCCAAAGGAAUGGCUGAAGCAGACCACAAGAUUCUCUCUACAAAGAUUAGCCUUGGGUCACAGUAUUUCUUCUAUAUGGAGACACAAACUUCUCUAGCGAUUCCCGAUGAAGACAACUGCAUGCUCGUAUAUAGCUCGAGCCAGUGCCCCGAGUCUGCACAUAGCGUAAUUGCCAGAUGUUUGGGCGUCCCGGAGCAUAAUAUUCGCGUGGUUACAAGACGGGUUGGAGGAGGUUUCGGUGGCAAGGCAGUGAGAGCAAUGCCUAUUUCUACAGCGUGUGCGUUGGCUGCUUACAAGCUGAACCGCCCCGUGAGGAUUUACCUGGACAGAAAGACUGAUAUGAUCAUGGCGGGUGGAAGGCAUCCGAUGGAAGUAACUUACAGUGUUGGAUUCAAGUCGAGUGGGAAGAUCACGGCUUUGCACCUCGAGAUACUGAUAAAUGCAGGUGCAGAAGUAGACUUAAGCCCGGUUUUACCAAUGAAUAUAAUCGGGGGAGUUAGUAAGUAUGAUUGGGGCGCCUUGUCGUUUGAGGUAAAGGUCUGCAAGACGAACGAGUUUGCCAAGUCGUUUAUGCGGGCUCCUGGUGAGCUACAAGGAUCCUUCAUUGCUGAAGCUGUGAUGGAACAUGUGGCGUCUGUUGUGUCGGUGGAUGUGGAUUGUGUCAGAGGCGAAAACCUCCACACGUUCGAGAGCCUUAAAGCGUUCUACAGAGACAACGCGGGGGAGCUAGUGGAUUACACUUUGCCUGCUGUUAUGGAGAGCCUGGGUAGAUCUUCCGGGUUCUUGGAAAGAACUGAGAUGGUUUGGAAGUUUAAUCAGCAAAACCGGUGGAAGAAAAGGGGGAUUUCGAGAGUCCCCGUUGUGGCUGAGGUUUUGGUUAGCCCAACUCCAGCAAAAGUUAGCAUUUUAUCAGAUGGCUCCAUAGUUGUAGAGCUUGGAGGGGUUGAAUUGGGGCAAGGGCUCUGGACAAAGGUGAAACAGAUGGCUGCAUUUGCUCUCAGUUUAGCCCUCGGGUGUGAUCAGCUCGAAGAGCUCGUGGGGAGAGUUCGGGUCGUGCAAUCUGACACGUUAAGCAUAGUGCAAGGCGGGUACACUUCUGGAAGCACAACUUCUGAAUCGAGCUGUGAGGCUGUCAGGCUUUGCUGCAAUGUUCUCGUCGAGAGAUUGUCCCCCGUGAAGACGAAAUUGCAGGAUCAAACAGGUUCUGUGGAUUGGAACACACUCGUUCUGCAGGCAUAUAAUGCACAAGUGAACUUAGCCGCGAAUUCCUACUACGUUCCCGACACCAGUUCCAUAAGAUAUCUGAACUACGGGGCGGCUGUUAGCGAGGUGGAAGUGGAUGUUCUGACAGGGGAAUCGAGGAUUUUGCGGGCCGAUAUUACAUAUGAUUGUGGACAGAGCUUGAACCCUGCUGUUGAUAUGGGGCAGAUUGAAGGGGCUUUUGUUCAGGGAGUUGGGUUCUUUAUGCUUGAAGAGUACCUUACAAAUGCAGAUGGAUUGGUGGUUUCUGACAGCACUUGGACAUAUAAGAUCCCGACAAUUGAUACGAUCCCACAACGGCUCAAUAUUGAUGUACUCAACACUGGACAUCACAAAAACCGCAUUCUCUCGUCUAAAGCUUCCGGUGAGCCACCACUUCUUCUGGCAGCUUCAGUCCACUGUGCAACAAGGGCAGCCAUCAAAGAAGCCAGAAAACAGCGACUCGGCCGCCAUUUUUCCAACUUCUUUCUAGAAGUUCCGGCCACAAUGCCUGUUGUGAAGAAGCAUUGUGGGCUGGAUUAUGCUGAAGAAUUCCUGGAAUUUUUGCUUAGCCAUCAACAUAACUAAGCUAC